UCUUGUUUGUCGUGUAGACGCGUAUUCUUGGUUUUGCCGAGACCCAAUAACCAGAUCCACGACUUCCAUUGGAACCGACAAUUCUUGAUAAACUACUAUUUGCUGCUUCAACUUCAAACCGAAUUUCACCAUUUCAGUCUUCCGUGCUGCGUUGGAAAAAGUAGUUUACUAUAAGUCCAAGAUCAUCAUCCGCAUUUUGUAUGAUUGAUACAACCUGCAAAUACUAACCUUCGAAUGAUUUCUGCAUUCUUUCAAUUCUGGGACCAAGUGAAUUUCUUCAAUGAAAAUAUGCACGACAUGUAUUGAAAGAAACACAUAAAAGGCUCAGCUGAUACCAGGAGGAAAUCCAAGAAAUGUAACUGCGGUUCCACUGUUCAUUUCAUAAAGAUAUACUACAAGCAGUCAAAAUGCACGGGUCAGCCGGUCUUCAUUCAGCCCUGGCUAUCAAACGGCAGAGGCGACUCAGAGAGCAAGCAAAGAAAAGGGCCGCCGAGAGGAGAUACAGUACCAGAACGAAUAGUAUGGAUAGCAUGGAGCAUGCCCCCAGAAGAGGCAGUUUCCAACCUCCAAAGGAUCACGUUUUUGCCACGUCCAUUGGAAUACUCCAUCUAGGAGUAUGCUUUGUCGUUCUGGGGCUCUUCUUGAUUGGUUCUGGUCUAUUACCAGACGACCUGGUUACUUGGAGAGGUGGAGGAUACUGGAACGAGCUCGUAGUAACUGGAAUUUUUGUGAGCUCCAUAGGUGUAUUCCUCAUUGUUUUGAAUAAAGUUGUGAGCAAGAGAGAGGAGGAUGAGCUGCAGGAUUACGUCGCUAGGCAACUCACACGUUCACGAAGCGGCCACAGACUGGAGAGAGAUGUAGAAACCGGCUGUUUAACAACGAAGAAUCAUAAAAGACACUUGGAGAAGCAGAGAGAAGAGAAAACCAGAGGUAUUUCUGAAAUAACUCCCACUCAUUCACCUCAUACGAAAAUCCCACCUUCUAAUGCCAUCAACGGUGAUGUCUACCUUGAAAAAAUUCUGGAGGAAGACAUCAGUGAGAAGGAAAUAGGAGAUCUCCGUCGUUUAGAGUUGAGAGAAACCAUUUCGACAACCACUACUGCUAGCUUGAGCCCAGGCACCCCUUCGGAAACGAGGGAGUUAUUAGUCAAUGGACGGCAGUACAGUUUCAACUCAAGGCAGUACUGAAAUUGAUUAGUUCAAUUCGACCAAAUUCAAAAUCCAGGGGUGUGAAUAGUUUACCAGUCUAUGGAUGAUGAGUUGAAAGUGUGAAGUUUGUGAAGAAAUGCAUUAUUAAUCUUAAAUUUUUAUACUUCUACUCUGCCAGUCCUCAGCAUCUAGAGGGAAUUCAUUUUUGCAAUUGAAGUUAGAACUAGAGCACAAACGAAAGAAUUGAAAUAAUAGUCAAAUCAUUCUAAUAUUUACUGUUGCACUUCCAAAUUUGGAAUUACUAGGAUUCAUCUUUCAUCAAUAACCGAUACAAAUAUGAAAUACUCGUAAACUGGCAUUGUCAAGAAAUGAAGAUGUGAUGUUUGAAAAAAUCACUCACUGAAUAUUCCAAUUUGAUAUAUUGAAUGCAGGUACUCACAUAGUAUACAUCUGUAUUCAUUUACUAACGAAGUGAGUCGUAAUAUGAAGCAUGAAAUCACAAAAAUUCAAGGAAUUAUAUUUUUUUUAUUCGUCUUACAUAUCCCUAACUAACUUGUCCAAAAUAUUUGUGACUCAAACGAGUGUGCUUCAGGUUUACCGUUUUUCGCUAACAGUGAUAGAUGAAAAUGGAGUGAAAUUUUUACGGCAUUUUAUUUACGAAAGUCAUUCUGAAUAUUUUUUUUUAAAUUUCUACACUUUUCAAAACCAAAACAAGUAAAACAAAUUCAGAAUAUGCAUAUCUGUAUGUAUUCGAUACAUUAAUUCAUACCUAUCGAAUUCUCAUAACAAUACUAUUCCUACUACUGUAAUGGUCGCCAUAACGCCCUAGGUCGUUAUAAUCAACAGAGUAGACCCUUAUAUUGACAGGUACAGGAAAAAGUCUUUUUUUUUAAUCAUAGCAAAAUACUGAGAAAACGAUUGUGAUAACAUAACUAAUAUUAUUGAAGAAAACAAAAUCCGGGCUGGUAGGUCGUGGUGACCGUUUUGUUAUCUGAAGCUACGAAGCUACAGAGAAUAAGUUCCAGAUUAGUUUCUGCGCCACAUCAACUCAGUUCAUCCUUGCGUCUAGUUUACCUUGAAAAGGAAAAAAAAUUGAAUGUACUGAUCAACAAAAAAUUGACAGAAAACUAGGUCAUAUAGUUUAUCGCAAACAUAGUCCUACCGAUUAGUUUCUCAACAAGAAUUCAAACCAACAUUCAAGGAAAAACGUGUUAUGAUCGUACUACCAGAAUUUGUGUGCCAAAUAUUCUUGAAGAAGAACUUUCUCAACUAGAUCAAGCUCUAUCGGCAAAUAGGUUCACAGCGCAAGAAAAUAAACGUGCUCUUCAACUCAGUGGAAGGAAUAAGUCAACUUCGAUUACAAUCCAGUCACAAUGUGACAAUAUUAAGACAUGUAUUGCAGUCAACGUCAAUCAGAACAGCCCUCAGCCUUCUGAAGUUAUAAAUACAAGUGAACACGGAGAUCUCUAGUCAGUCGUUGCAGAGACUUCGAGAUAUAAGUUUCGUCCUCGUAGUCAACGGACGUACAACUGAUGAUGUCUGCCACAGAUGCAGACGAAAAAUGCUUGUUACAACAAUUUCUAGGUCAGUCUACCAGCCCAAAUUUUGUUCUCUUUGAAUGUUACUUGGUCGUGAAAGUCUGACAUUAUUGGUAUAAUGAUCUAAUUUGUUAGGUGGACUAGGAGUGACUAAUUUCUGGGAAAGAGAGUUUU